CUGAAGAGGAGGAUCUGCAAGAAAGAGCACAUCAUCCACAUUAGGACUUGGCAGCAGGAGAGCACUAGAGUCAAAGUGCAGGGCAAUCCCUAGAAGUGAGAUCACAAGCAGAGGGGUACUACAAGUGCCUUAUCCAGCAACUGGGAACUUUCCUAGUAUAUGCUUGGCUUCUUUUGGAUUGGAACAGUUGUGGGGUGUAUCCUCACCUGUGGGAGCUCGGAGCCCCCCCGCUUUUGAGGAGCAGGGGACUUCCUUUGAGGGGGACAGCAGGGGCAUAUCAUGGCUUUGAAGUUGCUGUCUGCCUGGUGUGUGCUCUUCAUCCUGACUGUGCUGCUGGGAAUCCCUUUACCUACAUGCUGGGCUCGCUUAUACACCAACCACUGGGCUGUGAGGAUAUCAGGGGAAGCCCAAGAAGCCGACAGGAUAGCUAGCAAAUACGGCUACACCAACAUGGGACCGAUUGGGUCACUCCAGAAUUACUAUCACUUUUACCACAGUGGAACUAUCAAGAGGUCAGUCUUGUCAAGCCGAGGAACACAUAACUUCAUCUCUAUGGAACCAAAGGUAGAAUGGAUAGAACAGCAAGUGGUCAAGAGGAGAACGAAGAGGGAUUAUAAAGUUACUAACAUACAUUCUGCCUAUUUCAAUGAUCCGAAGUGGCCAAGCAUGUGGUAUAUUCACUGUAGUGACAAUGCCCAUCACUGUCAGUCUGACAUGAACAUUGUGGGCGCUUGGAAGAGAGGAUACACUGGGAAGAAUGUUGUAGUCACCAUUUUGGAUGACGGCAUUGAAAGAAACCAUCCUGACUUGAUGCAGAAUUAUGAUCCUCUGGCCAGCACUGAUAUCAAUGGCAAUGACUAUGAUCCCAUGCCUCGAUAUGAUGCAACCAAUGAGAACAAACAUGGAACCCGCUGUGCAGGAGAAGUAGCAGCUACUGCAAAUAAUUCACAUUGCACAGUAGGAAUUGCAUUUAAUGCCAGAAUUGGUGGUGUACGCAUGUUGGAUGGUGAUGUGACAGACAUGGUAGAAGCAAAAUCUCUAAGUCUGAACCCACAACAUGUGCAUAUCUACAGUGCAAGCUGGGGUCCAGAUGAUGAUGGAAAGACAGUGGAUGGACCAGCUGCUCUUGCCCGAGAUGCCUUUGAGAAUGGCAUCAGAACAGGAAGACGAGGUUACGGUUCAAUAUUUGUAUGGGCUUCUGGCAAUGGUGGUAGAAGCAGAGAUCACUGCUCCUGCGAUGGGUAUACCAAUUCCAUCUACACAAUCUCUAUUAGCAGCACAACAGAAAGUGGCAAAAAACCCUGGUAUCUGGAAGAAUGUGCCUCAACACUGGCUACAACUUAUAGCAGUGGGGAAUCGUAUGACAGAAAAGUGAUCACCACAGAUCUACGACAGCGCUGUACAGACAGUCACACUGGAACCUCGGCAUCAGCUCCUAUGGCUGCUGGGAUCAUAGCCCUCGCACUAGAAGCCAACCCGUUCUUAACUUGGAGAGAUGUACAGCAUAUCAUUGUGAGGACCUCCCGUCCAAGGCACUUAAAUGCUCCAGACUGGAAGACAAAUUCAGCGGGUCACAAGGUGAGCCACCUUUAUGGGUUUGGUUUAAUGGAUGCUGAAGCAAUGGUGAUAGAAGCAGAAAAAUGGACCCCAGUUCCUGCGCAACAUAUAUGUGUGGAAAACACUGACCGGCAGAUCAAGACAAUCCGACCAGAUCAUGUUGUUCGUUCAGUAUAUAAAGCAACAGGCUGUGCCGACAAUUCGAACCAUCAUGUUAUUUAUUUGGAGCAUGUGGUUGUACGGAUUACAAUAACACACCCACGCAGAGGAGACCUGGCCAUCUAUCUGACCUCUCCUUCAGGCACUAGGUCACAAUUACUAGCUAACAGAUUAUUUGACCAUUCCAUGGAAGGAUUUAAGAACUGGGAAUUUAUGACCACACACUGCUGGGGAGAAAAGGCUUCAGGAGAUUGGAUUCUGGAGAUUUAUGAUACCCCUUCACAGUUGAGGAACUUCAAGACUCCAGGGAAAUUGAAGGAAUGGUCACUUGUUUUGUAUGGUACAUCCAUUCAGCCAUACUCACCCAGGAAUGAUGUUCCUAAGGUGGAGAGAGUACGGUCCAGUCCUGUUGAGGAGCCAUCAGAGGAGUAUAAUAUUGAUGACUACACAGGUCCCUGUAAUGCAGAAUGCAGCGAUGUAGGGUGUGAUGGACCUGGGCCACAUCACUGCAAUGACUGUCUACAUUAUUAUUAUAAAGCAAAGAACAACACAAGGAUUUGUGUAUCAGAAUGUCCCUUAGGUCACUAUUCUGCAGACAAGAAAAGAUGUAAAAAAUGUUUUCCGACAUGUGAAACAUGCUUGGGAAGUCGCACUGAUCAAUGCUCAUCAUGUAAAUCAGGUUACUACUUAAAUGAAGAGACAAACAGUUGUGUCACAAACUGCCCAGAUGGCUUCUAUUUGAAUGACAACAAGAACGUUUGUAAAAAAUGCAAUGAAAACUGCAAAACAUGCACUUCUGCUGACAUCUGUACCGAAUGCAAGCAUGGCCUGAGUGUCAGAGGAGACUGUGUUGCAUGUGUGUUGUGGGACACUUGUUUCAGUGACAACUAUCUAGGAGAGGAUUUCCUUAGUUUGGAGAGACCGUCAUGUCACAAUAUUGAGCUGCAGUAUAACAAAAAAGGAAUCCUUGAGCUCCAGUUCAGACCUGGAAUAGACAACUGUAUAAACUGUGCAAAAGAAAUGUUGUUUGAAGAUGGACGCUGUGUAACAUCAUGUAGUUCUGAAUAUUAUUUUACUCCAUCCAAGGCCAAUGGUUUUAAAACCUGUAAGAGAUGUGACGGAAGUUGCUCAGCAUGUUCUGGCCCAGGAGAGAGGAAUUGUACAAGCUGUCCUGAGGGUUAUUUGUUAGACGGCAGUGCUUGUAUGGUGGGAACAAUCUGUAAAGAUGCAACGGAAGAAUCGUGGGCUGAGGGUGGCUUCUGUAUGCUAGUAAAAAAGAACAAUCUGUGCAUAAGGAAAGUACUUCAGCAACUCUGCUGCAGAACAUGUACACUCAAGGGGUGAUUUAGCUGCUACUUCUGCAGAGGGUCCCGGUUAUUAGACUUCUAGAUUUUUCAUAUUAAAAAUAAAAAGCCACCUCUUUCUCUCAGUGAACUGUUUUUUUGGAACUUUAAAGAAACAAACAAACAAAAAAAACUACAACAGACCUACCUUGUAUUGCUGGGUGUUUACAUUCAAGCACCUGGAUCCACAGUCAGUAUUGUGUGACCAAAGCAUUGAUGCCAAAAUAAAGAGUCAGCUAAUGAUGUGAUGUCAGCUCAAAGGGAUUUCCUUUUGUUGUUCAUUGUUUGGUCUCCCUGAGGCAGAAGGGGCUAUGGCAUAUUUUAACCCCUUUAGUGUUAAGAUGACCUGCCAUUUGAUGAAUUUGAUGAUUUACGUCUUGUUUUUUUUCUGUGAAAUAUAAAGAAAAAAUUAUUUAUCCACUAGUUUU